AUGUGUCAUUCCAUUAUCUAUUACUAUGCCCUAUGCCGGCACCUAGACCAGGAUACAACCCAUCAAAUCGCGUGCCACAAUGCCUUCAUAACAGGCUACAAGUGCACCGAAGAGCCACGGACCAAUUCAUAUUUCUCCCUUAUAGGAAAUUGUCUGCAAUGCAAGCUUAACCAUCUAAUGCUACGCCAUUCUACCUUCCGCGAAUGGAGGAGAGAAGAUCUUCUGGAAGCACUAAACGAUGCAUACCAGUAUAGCGAUGAGGAUGACUGGACUACAGAUGACAGCGAUGCCGAGGAACUUGAUAUGGAAACUUUGUUCUCCCAGUCUCCUGCCUUGAUCCGUAGAAAUCCCACUGGUCGAGAUGAGAACGAAGAGACCCGUGCGUCCUUCCACGGUGGUCCGGCACGCACGCCAGACAUAGUACAACAGUCCUCACAGCACUUAUCUUCUGUCGCUUUGGUUGAACAUACUGAUGAUGACGAAGAUGAUGGAGAGGAGUACGUCUACGGAGAUUCUGUGCAGCCACCUCAGCCUCGGAGUCGGGUCCACCGGAGCUGGCGCUCGUGGAUUCCCCUUCCUAGUAGGUUGAUGCACAACUAG